AUGGAGGAGCUUAAUGAGCUCAUUUAUGACAGAGUCCACAACAAGAAGUGGUUUACUGCUCGUGGACUGGAAUCGCUUUCAAAAGGAACUGGUCAAAGCGUUGAUUUGAUUGCAAAAGUGAUCUGUUUCUUCCUUUUCAUCUUACUCGUCACCAGUAGAAAUUGGCUAGUAUGCAACACAAUCCUUGUAGUCGUUCCUCUUCUACUGACUUAUGUUUAUCCCAAUGAAAAACCUCCAACAAACAACAUGCGUGUCUACUGGUAG